CCAUAGAGCAAACUACAGUUAAGCCAAAUUCCCGUGGAGCGUCGCCGGUGCACAAAUCCAACGCACAGACUCCAUGACAGGCGCUGCUGGAUGUUGUGAGGAAAAAAACGUAUUUAUCCUCCCCUUUUAGGCUACAUCCAGUAGAAAUAAACAAAAAGACUAGUAUCAUCUGAGAGCCAUUUCAGUUCGAUCCAAACGACUCAUAUUAGGGAAGAUACGAAGCAACCUGGUCUGAAAUCUAAAUGUUAGGGAGGGUUUUUCAGCUGAAGACACAGAGAUCAACGUUAUUGCCCUACUCGCCUUAUAAUGGCUACCAGUGCAAAGAGACCCUCCUUACAGGGUCCCAUACCACCUCCGCGCAAGAAGACCAGCCCCAAACCAGAGCUGACGGAGGAGCAAAAACAGGAGAUCAGGGAGGCCUUUGAGCUGUUUGACACGGAUGGAUCUGGAUUUAUUGACGUUAAAGAGCUCAAGGUUGCAAUGAGGGCCCUGGGGUUUGAACCAAAGAAAGAGGAGAUUAAGAAGAUGAUCAAUGAAGUGGACAAGGAAGGCACCGGAAAGAUCUCCUUCACCGACUUCCUGGCUGUUAUGACACAAAAAAUGGCUGAAAAAGACUCAAAGGAGGAAAUCCUAAAAGCUUUCCGACUCUUUGAUGAUGAUGAAACAGGCAAAAUCUCAUUCAAAAAUCUGAAGAGGGUUGCUAAAGAGCUGGGAGAAAACCUCACAGAUGAAGAGUUGCAGGAAAUGAUUGAUGAGGCGGACCGAGAUGGAGAUGGAGAAGUGAACCAGCAGGAGUUUCUGCGCAUCAUGAAGAAAACCUGCCUGUACUGACCGAUGUAUGAAGGCAAAUAUAAGUUGCCUUGAAUUAAUUAUGUUAUUGCUGCUCAUUUAUUAUUGUGCCAUAUGAAAAGUCUUUAAAAAUGCCUAAAAUCUGAAUAUUACAAUGCUAUUUAGUAUAUUGCAAGAUACAGUGUGCCAGUCAUUGCGAGUUUAUACUGUUAAAAAAAAAAAAAUCUUAAUAUAUUUUCAAGUGUGCCUGCCUAUGUACAAUCCAUUUUUGUAAUGAUUAUAUUGCCGUUUUGUGUUAUAUUCUGUUUUGGAUAGCCGUCUCAGGUGAUGCCCCACCUCAGUGCUGCGUGUCAAUUUGUGCCUACACCACAAGUUAAAGGGAGUUCAUAACCACUGAAAUGGAUUCUGCACAACCAUUACAAUCUUCACACUUUUCUUUGUUGAUUAUCAUACUUGUACUGACCUUGCCAAUUAAAAAUGCACAUGCAA